AUGACUUCUAAUUCAGAGACCUCCGCGCUCCUCCCCCAGUAUCGCUCGGAAUCCUCCAAUACGUCACCACGAGGCAGCCGACGGACAGUCAAAUUCAACCCUCUCACCACCAUCAGCACGUACGGUGGAACUGGUAUAGCAGAGUCCUACAGACCUCUGCAUACAGGCUCACCUGCGCAGAAUGCCCAAGCAAGGCAGCAACGGCCAACUGGUUUGGCUGCUUUGAACAGCAAACUCCGGCGUCGGAAUAGCUAUCAGGCUCCAUACACUACCUCUCCUCUGCCUUCAGUGGCCAAGAUUGGACCUCAGAGGACGACAAAAAAUGCACAGAAGCUGAAACUCCUACCGGAUCCGGUCGCUCCGGAAGAGAACGAGGAAGUUUUCGACGAAUAUCUACCACCGGAUGUCUAUUCGCAAAUCACUCGCAUCAAGGAACCCACUGCACGAAGUCACGCCGCAAGGCUAGGAAAGGCAGACCGGGACCGAUUACCUCGAGUUACCGCAUAUUGUACAGCCAAUUCAUAUCAGCUGGAUGGAGUGAUCAAGUUUUUGAAGUCGCGGGCCCCAACCCGCGGGACCAACCCGAAGCUGUACGAUGAAUGCGUAUACUCUCCAUAUGAUUACCAGUAUGAGGAGAAGAAGCACAGUGAAUCUGUAAUUGAACCGAGCGACGGGUUGGGGGCGGAGGAUGCGCAACCCGAAAGGCGACCCAAGGAACGCAGGUUCUCCGACAGUGCGGUCGAGGUUGAGGGGAAUACGAAACACAGGAGGGAGGACCUAAUUAUCUUUGACGAACCAGAAGCUCAUCAUGAAGAGGAGGGAAGCGGUUUGGAAAGUGCCGCGACAACUUCACGAUCAGAUCAGACUCCAGAUUUUGACACCACGAUACACACUCCCGAGGUGUUCCUCUUCGAUUACGGGACUGUCGUGAUAUGGGGCAUGUCCCCUGCACAGGAGUCACGGUUUCUAUCUGAAGUGUCCAAGUUCGCUAUAUCGACAUUGAGUCCCGAAGAUGCACAGGUGGAGAAUUUCAAUUUCUACUAUGCCCGCGAGUACCAAGCUCGAAUAUACAAUGAUUUCAUCUCCCUACGCGACCCGCAUAACCACAUGAUCAAGCUAGCAAUCUCUCAUGCACUCUCACAAUCAGUUAAAACAUCCCUUUUCGAAGACGUUUUAUCGGAGACGAUCGCCCAAACCGCGCCGCUACCAGCCCAGAUCGCACAGACAGGCAGUGUUAAUCUUACACGGCGGCAAAUCAACAUGGAAAUCGGACAAUUAUUUAUCUUGCGAAUCAACAUCCACUUACAGGGAUCUGUGCUUGAUAGCCCGGAACUUAUGUGGGCCGAACCGCAGCUUGAUCCUGUGUACCAGGCUGUGAGGAGCUAUCUUGAAAUGGACCAGCGAGUAGGGCUUAUGACUGAGCGGUUGGAUGUCAUCGCGGAUCUUCUCGCAGUACUCAAGGACCAGUUAGCUCACCGUCAUGGUGAGUACCUUGAAUGGAUAGUCAUCAUUCUCAUUGCUGCUGAGAUUGUUGUCGCAGCAAUCAACAUUGUCGUUGAUUUGUAUGCCGGUAUUGAUUAA